UGAAGAGUCGAUUGCGUGACCCAAAACGGAAGGUCCGCUCUUCGGUUUCACAAGGCAAGCGACGAGUGGACAGACCUAUUAAGCUCACGACUGGAGGUGUUUGAAAGGCACCUCAACAAUAAUACAAUACCGCUCCACCUCAAUCCGUAUAGCAACCUGCAGUCAUGUUGGACUUCGAUUUCUACAUCACGACUCCCCGCCUGGUCAUAACCUACUUCAACCCUAGUAAGGAAUCGCACAUCGCCUUCACCCUCGAGCUCUAUAAAGAUUACACUGUUGUCGAUGAGAAUGGAACCACCAAGCCAACUAUUCCUGAUCACGCCGCAGCAAUCGAGAUGCUGGAGGGGCGUGCUACCCAGAUCGAGACGACUGGCUACGGCAGAUAUUGCGUUUCAGUUCUUCCUCCUCCCACAGAUUCGAAUGAGGACAUAGCGAAACGAGUUGAAAAUGCAACACCGGUUGGAUUGGUCGGUCUCAAUCUUCGCGGACCAGAUACGCCUCCACUACCUGACAUUGGGUUCCACCUGCUUCCAUCUGUGAGAGGCAAAGGAUACGCUGCCGAAGCUGUGAAAGGACUUUCAGACUACUAUGACCGCGAAAAAGGAGUGACUGAGUUGGUAGGAUAUUGCAAUGACGACAAUGAGGCGUCAAUGAAGGUACUGAGAAGAGCCGGGUUCGAAUUGCUGGGUGAGAGGAACAUCGCCUCUUUAAUGAGUCCUGGAACAAUAAGCAAAGGCGGGCAGCCAAAUACACUACUAGCUUGGGCCAGAGGCUUGAAGAAAGAUCCAAAGGAGUAUGGGUUGUGAUAGGAUGUAUGGCUUCUAGUCAUAAGGUGAAAUAUUCGGCACGCUUGCGGGUAUCCAAGGGCAGCGCAAGCUGAAUCUACGAUUCUGAUGGUACGGUGUACUUAGUGGUCAUCAAUGAGCGAGAGACUUUGCUCGUGGCUGGCGUUGAAACAGCCAUUUUUCUCCUGCGCAUCGAGUAGGGCACUCGCCCCCUUCAGAGACUCAGGUUCGGACCGGAGUAAUUUUAGGACUAUAAACACUAGAACAAACUUCUUUAGCAUCC